AUAAUGAAGGAGGUGUGUCGGGCUCUGGGCAACGCAGCAGCUGAUGACAGUAAGCUGUUGCUGCUCAGUGCUGUGGGGAGUGUCUUCUGCAGUGGCCUGGACCCAUCCUACCUGAUAGGACGCCUCUCCACAGACCGCAGGAAAGAGAGCAGCCGCAUUGCUGACGCUGUACGGUAAGAGAGGAACAAAGGCUAUAGACACAAACACAGAAACAACACAUGAUUGCCAUUAUACAACGGGUGGGUCUAAUCCUGAAUGCUGAUUGGUUAAAACCGCAUUCCAGCCGGUGUCUAUUCCACAAGUUGCCACCAGCUAAAUAAAUGAAGUUAAAAUGCCUAUUUACACUGUUCCACCUGACUGCGCAAUCCACUGUCUCAUCAACCUAGUCAGGCACUUUAUAAACUUGAUCUCCACUAUAAAAAGCAUCUAGACAUUAUCUCACAUUUCUUUUAGACUAACAUUUAGUUUUCAACAGCGGAGAUUUGUAUAAACCUUGCUGUCUGUCUCCGACAUUUGCAACAUUGUUUCAAUAUUCAAAUUCGAUCUCCUGCUGUCCCAUAGUAUUGAACUUGUCGGGACGAGACAGACAGGCAGGCAGCGUUUCUCAGCCAGUCGAAAUCAUGAAUCAACUGGCAUCAUUUUUAUGGAUAUAUACGAAAAAAGGUCCACUGAAAAAAGGUCAAAUGAAACGCAGCUAAUUUGCAGUCUUUCCAGCUUCAGUUUGAAGUGAUUGUGUUAGCUGUGUUGUUGGCUAGCUCCUCUGUCUGAACAACAGUGUGCUGUCGAGUGAGCACAUUCUCUAUGCCAGGCGAAAUCGUUCCUCAUUAGCUCAUUGUUAUGGAUGUAUCCAAAUAAAUGUCACAAGAAAACAGCUUAAACAAAUGCAAAUGCAGCUACUUUGCUGUUAUUCUGGCGGAACCUUUUGACGUGACUGUAAAUUAGCCGUAGUUGGCUAGCUAGCAAGCAAGGGAUAAGAACGUUGCCAGCCAGUAUGGCAUUGGAACGUUUACAAUGAACGACUGGGUCGCGUCCAGAGAUACAGAACAAAAAGAACGAACGACUGGGUCGCGUCUAUAUCUUGUGGAAGGAUGAAAUAGUAAGAAUAAAUUAUAUGUCAAUCAUUAUUUGAAUAUGUUGGUAACCCGUUGUAUAAAAGUGAUAAUGCCCUCGAAGCCGGUGUUUGUUGGAUAUAUUGGCACGGUUUGUCUGCCCUCAACGAAUAUAUCCAAAAAACACUGGCUUCUCGUCAUUAUCACUUAAUUAUCCACCUAAACAAGGCUACAGCAGGAACAGGGAACACGGCACACAUACACACACACGCUUACCUAGAUAUCUCUUACCAUUAGAAUGCAUUGACCAAGAUACAUUAUCUUAGCGCACUGGAAGAUAAUUUUGCUUAUUUUAACGGGAAAAAAAGGCUUGAUACAAGUGGGGUAAGAUAAAUGAUCUUAUUUCAAGAUAUUUGAUCUUAAUAAGACAUCUUACCAAGAUAAAUUAUCUUAGUGCACUGGCAGAUCAUUUUGCUUACUUUAAACUGCUUGCCCUGAUUCGCCUAAAGCAGAAUAAGCUCAAAGACACACUCAUAUUAUACUGUAUAGUUUAUACUCACUGUUUUGUGUCUCCUCUCCCAGGGACUUUGUGCUUGCGUUUAUCCACUUUAAGAAGCCCAUCGUGGUGGCCAUCAACGGGCCUGCCCUGGGCCUGGGGGCCUCUAUCCUGCCCCUAUGUGACGUGGUGUGGGCCAGCGAGCGGGCCUGGUUCCAAACGCCCUGUGCCGCUCUCCGCCUCACCCCCUCCGGCUGCUCCUCCUACACCUUCCCCCAGAUCCUUGGAGUGGCUCUGGUGAGUCUGGUUGCCUGGUCCCCUGUGCAGGUUUUUUUUCCCAGCUCUGCAGUAAAACACGAUUCAAUGUUUUACAUUUACAUUACCUUGUUGUACAUAAAACAAUUGAUUCCUCCCUGUCUCCGCCUCUCACCCUGACAGACCAAUGAGAUGCUGUUCUGCGGGAGGAAGCUUACGGCACAGGAAGCCUGCAGCCGGGGCCUGGUGUCACAGGUCUUCUGGCCAACCACGUUCAACCAGGAAGUGAUGCUGCGCGUAAAGGAGAUGGCCACCUGCAGUGCUAUGGUAGGCUUUUCUGACAUAGAGAUAGUCAUGUAGAGCUGGCAUUCUAUAUCCCAAGCCUUGCGCUAGGAACUUGCCUGGAGCAUUGGUCUGUAAAUUGAAUAAAACUCUACAUGCUUUGUAAGUAGGAAAACCUGCAAAAUUGGCAGUGUAACAAAUACUUGUUCUCCCCACUGUAUAUACACAGUGCUAUGAAAAAGUAUUUGCCACCUUUCUAAUUUUCUCUACUUUUGCAUAUUUGUGGUACUGAAUGUUAUCAGAUCUUCAACCAAAACCUAAUAUUAGAUAAAGGGAACAUAAGUGAACAAAUAACACAACAAUUAAAUGUUUAUUUCAUUUAUUUCAUGAACAAAGUUAUGCAACACUCAAUUCCCCUGUGUGAAAAAGUAAUUGCCCCCUUAACUAAUUGCCCCCCAUAACUGAUUGUGCCACCUUUAGCUGCAAUGACUCCAACCAAAUGCUUCCUGUAGUUGUUGAUCAGUCUCUCACGUCGCUGUGGAGGAAUUUUGGCCCACUCUUCCAUGCAGAACUGCUUUAACUCAGUGACGUGUGGGUUUUCAAGCAUGAACUGCUCAUUUCAAGUCCUGCCACAACAUCUCAAUUGGGAUUAGGUCUGGACAUUGACUAGGCCAUUCCAAAACUUCCAAUUUGUUGCUUUUUAGCAAUUUUCAUGUAGACUUGAUUGUGUGUUUUGGAUGAUAUACUUUUUCAUAGCACUGUAUAUAUAUGUAUGUGCAUGGGUUCUGUAACUAAUACAGUACAAUGCUGCCAGAUCAAGGGUGUGAAAAUGAAGGGCCUCGAUCUAUGAAGCAGGCCACCUCUUACUCUCUGUUUGUCCCUGUGUGUGGAAGGUUCUGGAAGAGUCUAAAUGCCUGGUGCGGAGCAUCCUGAAGUCGGUCCUGGAGGAGGUGAACGAGAAAGAGUGUCAGAUGCUCAAACAGCUGUGGUGCUCCACCAAGGGACUGGAGGCGCUCUUCAGCUACCUGCAGAACAAGGUGUAUGAUAACUGA